AUGCAAUUGUUACCUGACGAGGAUCAUGAAAUGCGCCUCAAUGGUGAUCAACAGAAUAGCUCGACAUUCGCCCAGAUGCAUUUUGGCCGUAAUUUGAACUGUCCCGAUCAGCUCACGAUACGAAGAAGAACGCAAGUUCCACAUGGGUUGCUUGAAAGUCAGGCAACCAAGGGCCAAUAUCCGAGUAGUGACUGGGGCAUACGCGUCAAGACGACAUUGACGGAAGUCGGGUCGGUGAAAGUGAAUGACAAACGCACCUUCAAGAAAGGACCGAGUGAGCAAUACAGCGUCGACUUACAUGACUCUCGAGGGGGCUCCGAGAGAGCUCACGCGACUCGAGACCAGAAAUGCCAUCAUCGCCGUGGCUCGGAUGGCACCGGAUGUCGGCAAUUAUGGUUAAAUCACGCUCUCCUGCACCGCGGGGGUUAUUAUGAUAAUGCCAUUUAUCUGAAUUUCUUGGCUCAUGGCAAUGCUGAAAUAUGA